GUUUGUUUCUCACUUUCUCAGGAACCUUAAAAGAUCACUCUUCUCUUUCACUCGCUUCUCAUCUUUUAACGGUACAACGAAAUUUAUGAAGCUGAGAGAAGAAGACAUUAAUGGCGGUUUCUGCAGGGGCUUUAGCUUUUCCUGCUUUAUCCGUUCGCGCCACUCUUAAUCCUGAGAUUAAAGAUGAACAAGCGAACAUCAGCAGCACUACUUCUUCUUCCCAGAAAUUCACUUACAGUCGAGCUUCUCCCGCCGUCCGAUGGCCACAUUUGAAUCUCCGUGAGAUUUAUGAUUCCACACCUUCACAAACUCUUUCUUCUCCGGUUUCUCCCAUCGCCGGUACACCGGAUUCAGGUGAUGUCGUCGAUUCAAUUGCCUCCCGCGAGGAGCAAAAGACGAAAGAUGAAACCGCCGUGGCGACUCGGAGAAGGAGAGUGAAGAAGAUGAAUAAAGUGGCGUUGAUUAAGGCUAAAGACUGGAGAGAGAGAGUCAAAUUUCUGACGGAUAAGAUUCUAAGCUUGAAAUCUAAUCAGUUCGUUGCUGAUAUUCUCGAUGCUCGUCUUGUUCAGAUGACUCCUACUGAUUACUGCUUCGUCGUGAAAUCAGUUGGUCAAGAGAGUUGGCAACGAGCUCUUGAGGUUUUUGAGUGGCUCAAUCUCCGUCAUUGGCACUCUCCUAACGCUCGGAUGGUGGCUGCUAUACUCGGUGUUUUGGGACGGUGGAAUCAGGAAUCCCUUGCGGUGGAGAUUUUCACUAGGGCUGAGCCAACCGUCGGAGAUAGGGUUCAGGUGUACAACGCAAUGAUGGGGGUUUAUUCACGUAGUGGUAAGUUUUCGAAAGCACAAGAGCUGGUCGAUGCAAUGCGUCAGAGAGGGUGUGUUCCAGAUCUUAUUAGUUUCAAUACUCUUAUCAACGCUAGGCUUAAAUCUGGUGGGUUGACUCCGAAUUUGGCUGUUGAGUUAUUAGAUAUGGUGAGGAAUUCGGGUCUUAGGCCUGAUGCUAUCACUUACAACACUCUUCUUAGUGCCUGUUCGCGGGAUUCGAAUUUGGAUGGUGCAGUGAAGGUUUUUGAGGAUAUGGAAGCUCAUCGGUGUCAGCCUGAUUUGUGGACUUAUAAUGCUAUGAUUUCUGUUUAUGGAAGAUGUGGGCUUGCUGCUGAAGCUGAGAGGCUCUUCAUGGAGCUGGAGCUUAAAGGUUUUUUCCCUGAUGCAGUGACAUACAACUCUUUGCUGUAUGCGUUUGCCAGAGAAAGAAAUACGGAGAAGGUGAAGGAGGUGUACCAACAGAUGCAGAAAAUGGGGUUUGGGAAAGAUGAGAUGACAUACAACACGAUCAUUCACAUGUAUGGCAAGCAGGGACAACUUGAUCUUGCGCUACAGCUUUAUAAGGACAUGAAAGGUUUGUCGGGUAGGAACCCUGAUGCUAUUACUUACACUGUUUUGAUCGAUUCUCUUGGAAAAGCAAACCGAACAGUGGAAGCCGCAGCUUUAAUGUCUGAGAUGCUUGAUGUUGGGAUCAAACCAACUCUGCAGACAUACAGUGCUCUUAUCUGUGGUUAUGCCAAGGCUGGAAAGCGAGAGGAGGCUGAGGAUACUUUCAGUUGCAUGUUGCGCUCAGGCACUAAACCUGAUAAUUUAGCGUAUUCUGUAAUGUUGGAUGUAUUACUAAGAGGCAACGAGACAAGAAAGGCCUGGGGUUUAUACCGUGAUAUGAUUUCUGAUGGUCAUACACCGUCUUACACUCUGUAUGAGUUGAUGAUACUUGGACUUAUGAAGGAAAACAGGUCAGAUGACAUUCAGAAAACCAUCAGAGACAUGGAAGAAUUGUGUGGCAUGAACCCACUAGAGAUUUCAUCAGUGCUUGUUAAGGGCGAAUGCUUUGAUCUCGCUGCUAGACAGUUGAAAGUGGCUAUCACCAAUGGCUAUGAAUUGGAAAACGACACUCUAUUGUCUAUCCUGGGUUCCUAUAGUUCAUCAGGCAGGCAUUCAGAAGCGUUUGAGUUACUUGAAUUUUUGAAAGAGCAUGCCAGUGGAUCUAAAAGACUUAUAACUGAAGCUCUAAUUGUUCUACAUUGCAAGGUGAACAACUUAAGCGCUGCUCUAGAUGAAUAUUUCGCUGACCCAUGUGUUCAUGGCUGGUGUUUUGGCAGUUCCACCAUGUAUGAGACUCUAUUACACUGCUGUGUAGCAAAUGAACAUUAUGCUGAAGCUUCUCAGGUUUUCUCUGACCUGAGACUAUCUGGCUGCGAAGCUUCAGAAAGUGUUUGUAAAAGCAUGGUUGUUGUGUAUUGCAAGCUUGGCUUUCCAGAGACAGCUCAUCAAGUGGUUAAUCAGGCUGAGACAAAAGGCUUCCACUUUGCUUGUUCGCCUAUGUAUACUGAUAUCAUUGAGGCUUAUGGAAAACAAAAACUAUGGCAGAAAGCGGAGAGUGUGGUUGGCAACCUAAGACAAAGUGGACGAACACCUGAUCUGAAGACAUGGAACAGCUUGAUGUCGGCUUAUGCUCAGUGUGGCUGUUACGAGCGGGCAAGGGCUAUUUUUAACACUAUGAUGAGGGAUGGUCCGUCUCCUACUGUUGAAUCCAUCAAUAUUUUGUUGCAUGCUUUGUGUGUUGAUGGGAGACUCGAGGAGCUCUACGUUGUUGUUGAAGAAUUGCAAGAUAUGGGCUUUAAGAUUAGCAAAAGCUCCAUUCUCUUGAUGCUUGACGCAUUUGCCCGAGCUGGAAAUAUCUUUGAGGUAAAGAAGAUAUACAGUAGCAUGAAAGCUGCUGGUUACUUACCCACAAUCCGCCUUUAUAGGAUGAUGAUUGAGCUUCUCUGCAAAGGGAAACGAGUUAGAGAUGCUGAAAUUAUGGUCUCUGAAAUGGAAGAGGCCAAUUUCAAGGUUGAGCUUGCUAUAUGGAAUUCCAUGCUGAAGAUGUAUACGGCUAUCGAGGAUUACAAGAAGACAGUUCAAGUAUACCAGAGGAUAAAAGAAACUGGACUGGAACCAGACGAGACCACUUACAAUACUCUGAUUAUAAUGUAUUGUAGAGACAGACGACCAGAAGAAGGGUACUUGCUUAUGCAGCAAAUGAGAAAUCUUGGUUUGGACCCAAAACUGGACACAUACAAGAGCUUGAUCUCUGCUUUUGGUAAGCAAAAAUGCCUUGAACAAGCUGAACAACUGUUUGAAGAGCUUCUCUCAAAAGGUUUGAAACUAGACCGUUCAUUUUACCACACAAUGAUGAAAAUAUCCCGAGAUUCUGGAAGCGACUCCAAGGCAGAGAAGUUAUUGCAAAUGAUGAAGAAUGCGGGAAUAGAACCAACACUUGCUACAAUGCAUCUGCUUAUGGUUUCAUAUAGUUCUUCAGGAAAUCCCCAAGAAGCUGAAAAAGUUCUUAGUAACCUGAAAGACACAGAAGUGGAACUAACAACUCUGCCUUAUAGUUCAGUUAUUGAUGCUUACCUUCGGAGCAAAGAUUAUAACAGUGGAAUAGAAAGGCUUUUGGAAAUGAAGAAAGAGGGCCUAGAGCCAGACCACAGGAUAUGGACUUGCUUUGUUAGGGCGGCGAGUUUCUCCAAGGAAAAAAUUGAAGUCAUGUUGCUGCUUAAAGCUCUUGAAGAUAUUGGUUUUGAUCUUCCUAUCAGGCUUUUAGCUGGAAGACCUGAGUUGCUAGUUUCUGAGGUGGAUGGAUGGUUCGAGAAACUGAAAUCCAUAGAGGACAAUGCUGCUCUCAAUUUUGUUAAUGCUCUUUUGAAUCUUCUCUGGGCGUUUGAACUCAGAGCUACUGCAUCAUGGGUUUUCCAAUUGGGAAUCAAAAGGGGUAUCUUCAGUCUCGAUGUUUUUAGGGUGGCGGACAAGGACUGGGGUGCGGAUUUCAGAAGGCUGUCUGGAGGUGCAGCACUUGUUGCCCUGACGCUAUGGCUUGACCACAUGCAGGAUGCAUCACUGGAAGGCUACCCAGAGUCUCCAAAGUCAGUUGUCUUAAUCACAGGGACCGCAGAGUACAACGGUAUAUCCCUUGAUAAAACGCUAAAGGCGUGUCUUUGGGAAAUGGGUUCUCCAUUUCUUCCCUGCAAGACGAGAACGGGACUGCUAGUGGCCAAAGCUCACUCUCUCAGAAUGUGGUUGAAGGACUCGCCGUUCUGCUUCGACUUGGAGCUAAAAGACUCGGUGUCUUUACCAGAAUCAAACUCGAUGGACCUGAUUGACGGGUGUUUCAUAAGACGUGGACUUGUUCCUGCGUUUAACCACAUCAAAGAGAGACUUGGUGGAUUUGUGUCACCAAAGAAGUUUUCGAGACUGGCGUUGCUACCAGACGAGAUGAGAGAGCGAGUGAUAAAGACAGAUAUUGAAGGACAUAGACAGAAGUUAGAGAAGAUGAAGAAGAAGAAAAUGGGCAAUGAAACGAAUGGUAUUAACACUCGAAGGAAGUUCGUCAGAAGCAAGUGAUGUCAUGAUAUUGUACUCUCUUAUUAUAAAAUCUCAUUAGUGAUUAUUUGUAUACAGACAGUUUUGAUUUUCCUCUUUGUGGAUACUAAUUAGAAUAAGUGUUCAUGUAAUAUUUAUCGAUAGGGUUUAGUAAAUUAAACAGAGCUAUUGCGUCUAACAACCUUUUACCGUGAACGAAAAAAAAUGUAAUGCAUUCAACUACUCUUUCUACCAAUGCCUAGUUCAACUUAUUUAUUGUUGAGUUCAAGAUUUUUGUUGUCGUUGUUGUUAGAAUCAGUGACUAUUCUAAAGAUGUUUGGAUUACACAUAUUUAUACAUACAAUAAAUUUCAAAAUUUUCAAGAGCCAAAAAAACAACUAAUUUGGUGCAUCUUGGUUCUUAAUAGGAACAACUGCAGAUAUUUUCCUUCUCCUAGGCGUAAGUUUUUUUAAACCAGUGGUGUUGUUAGAUGUUUCUGCAACACUUUUGCGUCUUCGUUUUCGUUUCUCCUUUGCAUUGUCUUGGAUCUCGU